GGGUUCCUUACCGUAAUUGGAGCGCACGUAUAUAUAUAUAUAUAUAUAUAUUAUGAGGAUGAGGGUUUAAUAGCUCAACAUAUAGAAGUUGAAAGAAGCUACCGAAGUCGAUCUUGGCUCGAUCAAGGCACUUGGGGAAUACCAAAUCCACUAGGAGUGGAAGAAGUAUGGAAGCUGAUGUUUCCAUCCUGAUGAAAACCCCCAAUUCUCUAUAUAUAGAAUAGAUAGAUAAAUCUUCUGGAAACUUUACUGGGUUUAUUUCGAGUUUGUCGGAUUUGACCAGGGAGAUCAUGAGAAGCUCCCCGCUACUCUUCUGUCUUCUUUCUGUGAUGUAUAGCGUGGCUCUCGGCAACGUGGUAUUGAUGGGUCACAACGUUACGUUGUCGUUCGAAGACAUCGAAGCUAACUUCGCUCCUUCUGUGAAAGGGUCUGGGGAAUGUGGCACAUUACAUGUAGCGGAGCCUUUGGAUGCUUGCUUGCCCUUGGUUAAUAAGGUUAAUUCAAGUAUAAAGGGCACUCAUUCCCUGUUUGUAUUGAUUAUUAGAGGAGGAUGUAGCUUUGAGGAGAAGGUUAGAAGAGCUCAAGCUGCUGGUUUCAAAGCAGCAAUUAUAUAUGACAACGUGGAUGGUGAUUUAGUUGCAAAAUGUCUUAUCCAGCCCUGUCAAACUGCAGUGGCAGGAACUUCAUCUGGUGUAAAGAUUCAUGCUGUGUUUGUUUCAAAGGCAUCAGGUCAAACACUCACAAAGUAUGCUGGCAUCAGCAACAUGGAACUGUGGAUAAUCCCAAGCUUUGAGAAUUCAGCAUGGUCAAUCAUGGCCAUAUCAUUUAUUUCUUUGCUUGCCAUGUCUGCAGUCCUUGCUACUUGUUUCUUUGUCCGAAGACAUCGCAUAAGACGAGAAAGGCCCCGAUCUUCAUAUGUUCGUGAAUUCCAUGGGAUGAGCAGUCGUCUGGUGAAAGCAAUGCCAAGCUUAAUAUUUACUGCUGUUGUUGAAGAUAAUUGUACUUCAGCGACAUGUGCUAUAUGUCUUGAAGAUUAUGCCAUUGGAGAGAAGCUUAGAGUUCUGCCAUGCCAUCACAAAUUUCAUGCUUUUUGCGUUGACGCUUGGCUUACCUCAUGGAGAAGCUUUUGCCCUGUCUGCAAGCGUGAUGCUAGAACAAGCAUUGGCAAUCCACCAGCUUCAGAACGCACGCCAUUGCUUUCAUCAAACCCUUCUUCUGUUGCUUCAUCUUCAGUAUUGUCAUCCUUCAGAUCAUCAUUGCCAUCCACUUCAGCCAUCCAAAUUGCCCCAUCUUCAUCUAGGUCCCCUUCCGUUUCUCAUAUUCAUUCUGUUGCUAGCAAUCCAUAUCGACAUCAGUCCUUUCAAACAUACACCCAAUCCCCUUACUUAAGUGCAAGCCGAAGCUCAGCAGAUCUUAGGAACGCAUCUUCUCAAAGAUCUCAUGCCUCUCAUUUGCUUUCUCCUCACUCACUGGCUUAUCCAUCUGUAUCACCACUUAACUCUAGAUACAUGCCUGCAUAUAUCCCUAGUCCCGGCAAUGCCUCGAGUUAUGUUGGAUCUUCUAGUCAUCAGCUGAACCCACUACAUUGUAGUGAGUCAGCCGCAAGCUUUUCUCCAUUUGCUUCCGCUCAAUCUCUACCAGGUUGCUGAUUCAAACUUUACAGUACAUCAUGGAGAGGUCUGCAGCCUCAGUUUGAGUUCUUUUGGCCUCUAUUUCAAACCUCCAGGCAUCACAUUGAAUUGGUUGGUUCCAUCAGAUGGAAAGUGCAGCUUGAUUAUGACGGAGCAACUCCAAAGCCUGAUAUGUAGCACCUGUUUGUACAUUGUAGCAUAAUAGGGGCCUGGCUUUUUGUUGAUUCACUGAUUAUGGUUCAUAGAUUUGGGGUGUCCAAAUAUUCACGCUAUUUGAUGAGUGCUUCGUGUUGUGUGAUUGUUUUUACUUGAUAAAUGAUAAUGUCCUGAUGGUCUUCAUUGAUGAAAA